AUGGCAUUGCUCCUCGGGCUCAACCAGAAGGAGGACGAACCCCUCUCCCAUUUUGUGAACCGCUUUACGUCACAAAUCCGCGGACUGUCGGAUGCUCACCCUUCUCUCUUGAUGCAGGCAUUCAUGACAGGCCUCCGGCCCUCCAGGUUUUUUUGGUCGCUCGUGGAGCGGCCCCCCACUGCGAUCCCAGAAAUGCUCCAGCGGGCCGAUCAAUUCAUCGCCGCGGAGACUUGGAUGGCUGGGAAGCGGGAGGAACACAAAAAGGUCAAAUCGGAGCCGCCCCGACAGCAACAACCCGCCGCCUCCCGGCGAAGGUUGGACAGACCCGACCCAAGGUCUCCUCUUCUCGCCUUGAAUUCAUCCCGAACUGAAAUAUUCCUACACGAGAAGGGGAAGGGGCUACUCAAGGAACCUCACCCGAUGAGGAGCCCACGGGAGCUCACAGACCGUUCGAAGUAUUGCCGAUUCCAUCGGCAGCAUGGACACGACACCGAGCAGUGCCGCGAAUUGAAGAGGCAAAUCGAGGAGCUUAUCCUCAGAGGUCACCUCGGCCAGUACCUUCGGCCGAACAAAGAGCAGUCGCCUCGCCCGGAGGGACCCGUCGAGCGACACAUCGAUGUGAUAGCCAGGGGUCCCGCAUCAGGGGGAGGCUCCACGUCGGGCAGAAAGGCGUAUGCCCGAGCCGCUCCCGACGAAGCCUCGGGACACGAGCCCGAGCCCGAGAUUACCUUCCCAACCAGAGCCGCCGAGCGACCCGACCACGAUGACGCCCUGGUAAUAUCGGUCAGGGUAGCCAAUGCAUAG